AUGGCGCGCGACGACGCGACGCUCGCGCGACGCGUCGAGGCGCACGAUUUCGCGGACACCGGGCGCGGGCAGCGCGCGCUGCGCGAUUGCGCGCGAGGGGAGGUGCUGCUGGAGAUUCCGCUCGAGCGCGGGUUCACGCUCGCGGCGGCGCUGGAGGACGACGCGGUGAAGCGCGUCGCGUCGUGCUGCGCGCGACACGACGAUGUCGUCGCGCUGCACGUGUGCGCGGAGCGGUUCAGGGGUGAAAAGGCGACGCGCGCGGCGCACGUGGCGACGCUGCCGCGAAGCUUCGACACGGCGUUCUUCUGGAGCGAGGAAGAGCUGCGAGAGCUGACGGGAACGACGUGCCUGAGGGAGACGAUGAAUCUGAGGGAGGAGACGAAAAAUGAUUACGAGACGCUGACGAAAAAAAUGGAGGCGAUCGGGGAGGGGGGGUGGAUGCGCGAACACGAGGUCGAUUACGAGCGAUACGCGUGGGCGAGGUCGAAUUUAUGGUCGAGGCAGUGCGAUUUGUUGAUGCCGGACGGGAAGCGGACUCGGGCGAUGGUGCCGACGUUUGAUAUUUUUAAUCACAGCGCGAAGGCGCCGUUGGGGAAGACGCACAAGCUUAACGCGGAGAAGAACUGCGUCACGGUGUACGCCGCGGACGACUACAAGGCGGGCGAGCAAGCGUUUAUUUCCUACGGCAGUGGUGAGGCGGCGAAUUCAAAGCUUUUGACGUGGUAUGGGUUUUGCAUCGAUGACAACCCUUACGAGGAGUUAGACGUGACCCUCACGAUUACGGUCGAUAAGCUCAGAAAGACGGUGUUGGAGACCGCGCUUCGAGCGAGCGCGGUGGCGUAUCUGCAAGACAUCGACGCUCGGUGGCGCGAGAGCGGCGAUUACGCCGAACCGUAUUUGCCCAUGCUGUACCAGCAACUGUAUACGCCCAGUGCGGAAGAAUUAGAAGUAGAAGAAUCGACCGCGGAGUUCAUCGUCAAGCACACCGUGCCCGAGCGCGAGCCGUUGCCGCCGCCGCUGCGCAUGAUGGCGCGCGUGCAGCAGCUCGGCGACGAGGAGUUAGCGGAUCCAGAGGUGCGCAAGGCGAUCAUGGCUAGUGCAAACGACAAAACCGGCAACACGUACAUAUCCAAGGCGAACGAAAUGGCCGCGUUGGCGUCGCUCAAGCUGAUCUUCCAAGACGUGUGCGAAGGCUUCACCGUCGGCGACGCCGAGAGCGACGCCACCGAAUUGGCAAAACCGUUCGCGGACGUGCCUUACAAGCGACGUUUAGCUCUUCUCGUGCGUUCUGGUGAACGGAGAAUCGCGACAAAAGCAUUUGCGGAGUCAUCGGUGAGAUUAGACGCCGUUGUUCGCGAUGUGACGCGCACCGCGGUGACGCGGAAAGAGGGCUUGUGCGAAGAUCCAAAGUGCGUCACGUGCAAAAGUCAUGGCUGUCGUUGGUUACAUGAGCUCCGAAAGCGCCGGCCUAAAGUGGAAGCCAUGCUCCCAACAGUUGCUCGUUAUGCUCGACAGAUCGAGGACGCGCUGCCUGUCGCGGCGCACAUACAGACGAUCAACUUGGCGUACCUGUGGUUGAUGGGUCACACCGAAGAUGACGUCGCGAAUCGCGCGGCGACGAACGCGCAGACGUGGCCGUUUGACACCAUACCCACGUGCGAUGCAUCCGCGUAUGCCGACCUUGAACGCAUGGCAGACUUGGAGAUAGAUGGCAGCGCCGGAGAGGAGCACCCGCACAACGGUAAAGAGGGCGAGAUGCUCCUUCCGGGUGUGUACACGUGCAAGGUUAAGCAGUGGGGCGCGUGGUUGCUCUCGCAGUGGGCGACGUGCGGUAUCUUAGAUAUCACCGAUCUUAACUCCAUUGGCGCCGAGGCCGCGGCGCUCAAGCGUCGCCACGCUUGCAGCGUCCCCACGUCGAUCGCGCUCGAUUUCUUGGCCGAGUGCGCGCCGCUCGUCGAAGUUGGCGCCGGCGGCGGAUUGUGGGCUCGUCGGCUUGCCGAGCGAGGCGUCGAUAUCAUCGCGUACGACACGCCGACGUUCGACGAAGAGUACCAAGACGGCGGCGCUGCGAAAAUUGGCGCCUCGAAGCUCACCGAAGUGAAUUGGUUCGACGGAAUACGUAAAGGCGGUCCCGAAAGUGCGGCCAAGCACGCCGACAGAGCGCUCCUGCUCUCCUGGAUCGACAUCGCGGGCGAAGGCGACUACGCCACCGCCACGCUCGACAACUACACCGGCGACACCAUCAUCACGAUUGGCGAAUGGCGAGAUCACACAUUUGGCGAUUACGCCCCCGGAACCACCGCCACGGGCAUGAGUUUUUCCCGAGAAUUCCAACGCGAGCUCGAAGCCGCCUUCGACCGCGACGAGACGCUUCCGUGCGCCAACUGGCCCAUGUUCGACUCCGUCUUAAUUCGCUGGCGCCGUCGCGCGCCACCGUCCUAGAGAUUCAUGUC